AUGGCAACCACCAAGGCGUCCUCCGACAAGGCCUCCCAAGCUCACAACAGUCUUCAGCGAGGGAAGGCUUGCUUGCGAUGUCGGAAACGGAAAAUGCGCUGCGACGGCAUCAAGCCUGCUUGUCAGCAAUGCGUUCGCGCCAAGAAAGCAGACUGCUGCGAAUACGAUGAUGGAAAGGGGAAGACGCGUACUCAGCUCCUCCGAGAGAACAUCGCUCGUUUGGAGGCAAGAAUACGAGAGCUUGAAGAUCCCGACUCUGUUCCCGCGCAUCCCCCAUCCAUUCAACUGCAGCAACGCAAGACAUCUGGUUCAUCCCCGUCCUCCUUGGGCUCGCCACUGGGAACGCCCAUUUCCGCGACACAUUCGCCAUUCCCGUCCGAGUCGUCAAGUCCCCCCAAGACCGGCUCAUGGACGAGCUUGCCCACCGUCGGGUCCCCAGAUCCUGCCUUCGACAUAUUUUUCGACGACCACGCGGCUUUCGAAGUGUCGGGAGAACUCGCUCAGGCUUUGCUCGAUAUCUUCACCCCACAUCGGCAUCAAUGUGGCCUUGAGCUCGAUAUUGGCCGCCUCCGCGAAAGCCUAACAGCGCCAAUCGACGAGCGCCGACAUGAAGUCCUGUAUAACGCCAUCUUUUUGUGGGCCUGCUUCGUGUCGCGCCCGGAUCCUUUGUGCCAGAACGAGGAGCACUACUUGAACCUCGCUCUCGACGCGCUCCCCCUCGCUACUCAGGACGAGCGCUACGUCGUGGACGUCAUCCAAGCAUCUUGCCUACUCGCCACUUACUUCAUGUGCAACGGGCGCAUCGUCGAGAGCACGUAUCAUGCCGGCGCUGCUGCUGCCAUGGCCAUGCAGUACGGCUUGCACACAGGCGUCUUCAGUCCAAUGCACGAGUGGUUCUCGCAGAGCUACGCCGGUAUGGGCCUUCACCUUCCCAAGGACAUAUCGAAGGAGGGCGAGCGGAUCCUUACCUUCUGGCAAGUCUACAAUCUCGAUCAUUGUUGGUCCAUCGUUUUCCGUCGCCCGUCGUUAUUACCGGAUGGACCUGACCCGACGACUACUAUUCACUGCCCUUGGCCUCAAGACGUCUCCGAAUACGAGAUGGGGCAUGCCAAUAUCUCCACCGGCUUUCAGACGGUGCAGACCUUCCUCCAGAACAGCUCAACGGGAGGAUUCUCUGUCCAAGCGCUCCGUGCCAAAGCUUCCGCUAUGUUCCACCGCGCCGAUCAAAUCUCGCGUAGUUGGGAUCCCAGGAUGAAACCGACGCAAGCAUUGCAGAACGACGUCCAGGUGUUGGAGCUCGUCAUCGUCCAAUACGUGGAGGCGCUCAUACCCGUCUCACAACUCGACGCGGCGCUUCCCGAGGACCGGCUCGUUCUGCUGUGCGCGCACACGCUUGCUCAUGCCUCCAUGAUUCAGCUCUUCCGCCGUUUCGCGGUGGACGACGGGCUCUCGUACGAGAAGUGUCUUCGUGCAGCUAGGGCCUGUAUCAACAUCAUUGGCCACCUCAGCGACGCGGACUACGAAUUUUUGGAUCCCAUCAUGGGGCCAUGCUGGGCGACCGCCGCGGACAUAUUUAUUCAGCAGCUCGAUGACUUCGAGAGCGCCUGGCCUCCGGUCAGUACGGCCGAUGUCAGGGGCGAUAUCGGCACACUCCUGUAUGCUGUGAGCCGUCUCAGCACGAAGUUCACGAUGCUUGUCACUGCCUCGUCCAAGAUCCAGAAGCGUCUGGCGCAGGCCGGCACGACUCUAUGA